AUGUUUGGCUCUUUCAACUCCACAUUCACUGAAGCGCAAUUCAAAUCGUCACACCUCCCUUCUCUCAGGGGCAUCAAGCAACUCUAUCUGGACUUCUAUAAAGGCACCGGACCAGGCCAAAUAAUUGCGUCGGAACUGGCUGCAUCAGCCAGUCUGGUAGAGAGAAUCACAAUCUGCCUCAACAGACAUAGCCAGGAUCCGGCUUCUGACCAGUUUCAGACUGCUCUUCUGAGAUUCGUGAGAGACAUCCAGGAGCAAGUCCCUUUGGUGCAUACAAUCAGGCUCGCUCACCCCAUUGCCAAAGAACUUGCUCAGAGAAUAGCUAAAGAGACUUCGUUGCAAAUCGAGGCCAUCUGUGCGAGAGAGACUCAUGACGAAUGUGACCGCAAGCUUCCAUUGUCACCAGAAACUUUUUGCGGCUCAGCUAGGUCUCAGAAAGCCCAAGAAAGUGAUUCAGACAACACAGCAUUCUAA